AGUACGAAUCAGAGAGAGAAAGUAGAGAGAGAACGGGGAGUAUCGAAGCGAAGCGGAGAGAGCGAUCGGCGAGAGAUACAGGCGAGUGGGUGUUGAGUAUAUUUCGAUUUCUUGGGAGAGAAUUGGAAUGCGAAGCAAUUUAUAGAGGGAGAAAGAAGCAAUGGAAGAGGAAGCUCGCGCCUGGGUUCCAACGAACAAGUAGCAAGAAAGAUAUUUAUCAGAAAAGCAAAUUUUUAAGAGUAUUAAUGUUUUGUUUUCUGAAUCUGAAUUUUCGAAUCAGUUUCAGAGAGCUCCAAUAAGGUCAGCCCAGUUUUUCUCUUUCUCGCGCUCUCUGUAUCAGGCCUUAAUUUUGAGCUUGAAUCCCUGUAGUUUGCACCUCAAUUUCCUGUUGUAAUAAAUUUGAACUUGAAGUUGGAAGCUUCAAGUUUUAGUCUUUGUUUAAAAGGUGGCAUUUUGAGGUUGUUCCUUGGUGUUCAGGGGAUUUGGGAGUUUAACUCAUUGAAUUGGGAAGAAAACUGGGCUUUACUUGGAGUCGGAGGAUGGUAUCCCAGUAGCGAAUGAAGGGUUUAUUUCGGUUGUAGUUCGGAUUGUGUUUUUGGGGGUUUUGGGUUCAGAAUUUAAAAAUUUCCGGAUUUGGGAUUUUUGGAGGGAGAGUUAGUUUGGGGUGGGUUUGGAUCUCCAGCUGUGAAGUGCCUCAAUCCAAUCUCUAUUGUGUUGGAAGUUGAAGUUUUGCAGAUGGUUUUGGGUUCAGCAUUUUCGGGUUUGCUGUUAGAGGGGUUGGAUCUUGUGUGGAGGAUGAGCAUUUGGAAAUGUAGCAAAACCCUAAUUUAGUGGUGGAAUUGGGGUUAUGAGGUUUAGGUAUCCUUGAGCAGUGGGAAAACUGUUGUUGAAUUGUUCUUUGGCUUUCUGCAUGUACUUUAGGUGUUGAAGAGAGAGAGAGAGAGAGAGAUGCAACCACCACAUCAGCAUUCACGAAUCAAUCUUGUUGAACUGAAAUCUCAAAUAGUGAGGAAACUUGGACCAGAGAGGUCAAAGCAGUAUUUUUAUUACUUGGAUAGGCUGUUGGGCUUGAAGAUAAGCAAGGCUGAAUUUGAUAAGCUUUGUGUUCGGACUCUUGGGAGAGAGAACGUUUCGCUGCAUAAUCAGUUCAUUCGUUCGAUUUUGAAAAAUGCUUCUAGUGCGAAGGUUCCACCGUCAGCUCAUGAGAAUGAAAUUUUAGUGCAUGCUACUGGAGUUGCGAAUAAAGAGCCCGUAGAUGCUGCUAUCGAGCAAAAUGGAGCUUUUCUUGAUCGUAAGGCCGGGGACCAUCAUGGUUCACUUGGACUGAAUGGGAAGAUUAUUUCCACUUCUCAACAAUCACUAAUCACUGGAUCACGUGAUUUUAAAGUUAAUGAGGAGAAUGGGGAUUACAGGGCACCUGAUGUUCAGAAGGCAGGGCAGCAUCAUCAAGGUCUCAUGCAGCAAACAGGGAACAAUGCAGAGGAAUCAGGUCAUGACCCUAUGAAAUUCUCAUUAAUAAAGAGACCACCGUUUGCUCCAGUUUCUGUACAUAGCAAAGACCAAGGUAGAGAUGGAGGAAAAGAAAGUCAUGCUAAGGUCCAACCACAAGCUCCACUCGGGGUUCCAUUUUGCCAAGUUAGUGUGGGUGGUGCACGAAGAGCAUUGCCAUUGGGAACUGGUAGUAAAUGCGUUAGUACUUCUACCAGUGGUACUCUGUUAGACAGUUUAACGCUGAGGGAACGCAUGGAGCAGAUUGCUGUAGCACAUGGCCUUGAAGGGGUGUCUAUGGAUUGUGCCAAUUUAUUGAACAAUGGUUUGGAUUCUUACUUAAAAAGUAUAAUUCGGUCUUGUGUUCAACUUGUGGGAGCAAGGUCUGGACAUGAGCCAACAAAACCCAACAAGAAGCAUCCAACAUAUGGGAAGCUUGUUAAUGGCGUUGGACCAGGCCAUAAUUUGCAGUUAAGUAAUUGUAGGCCUUUGGAAGUCAUACAGGAGCAUACACCCCGUAACCUAAUCUCAUUGCAAGAUUUUAAGGUUGCCAUGGAGCUGAAUCCCCAGCAACUCGGUGAAGACUGGCCAUUGCUGCUUGAGAAAAUAUGUACACAGGCAUUUGAUGAAUAAGACGUGCUUUACUUUGCUAUGUCCUAGUUGAUCCUGGAUUGGUCCCUACUCCCUACUGAAUGAAAGGCAUCGAUAUUUCUGGGCCUUUGUGCAGCUGCAUACACAGUUCCUUUCUCUGCUCUUUCUAAGGCCUUUUUGCAACCUUAACGGUACAAUUUUCUUUGGUGGCCUUUCCGACCAGUCUGCAGCUGUUGACAAAAAACUUGGUUUCUUACAAGCUGGUAGGGAGCAGGGCAGGGUACUGUUGUCUCUUAUUGCUACAGAGCUUGCCAUCAGCUAGAGACACCUCAUUUAUUAGCAACCAUUGGAGGGGCUCCAACACAAGAAUGCCCAACUUGGUUGCCCUGUUGUAUGAUUAGCGUAAUUCUCACUCCAUAUUUUCUGCAUUCUCGUGUAAUUUACAGUCAAUGAGGAAUUUAGAACAGUUUUGCAGGAAUAAUCAUGUAGCCUAGUUCAUUAGCUGGAAGGUGAAGGUGAAUCAUGCUAGAGUUCAUGUGUAUGUAUCAUCAAAAUCAAGAUUGAUUGGAAUCCAAUAUUAACAACACAUUUUCAUCA